UUAAAUAAUUAAAUUGAAUAAAAAUCCAAGUAUUUUUUUCCUUGUAAUUCAGUGAAUGUCGUUUAGAGGUGUUUUUAAAAGGCGAUUUUGUCCUGUUUGUUGUGGUUUUCACGUUUAAUAAAACUUUUUAAGUCGAGGCAAAAGAUGAAUAGUCAGUUAAGAGCUAAUGAUUAAUCAUUGCAAUAAUCAACAAGUAGUCAAAUAAUCGUUCUAAUAAUCGUUAGAUUAGUCGAUUAUCAAAAUAAUCGUUAGUUGCAGCUCUUUUCCUUAAAUGUAUUAAAUACUGUAAAUGUCAUUGAUGACUUUUUCACAAAGAAGUCCAGGUGUGUGCAGUUUUGAAACCACAGAUCCUUGAUUUUUUUCACGAGAAUGGAUGGCAAAAGAUCUGCCCAUAACGUGGACGGUACCAACCUCGCAAUGUUGCGCUGGGGGGGCGCCAAUCUAAAGUCUCACCUAGGGGGCCAAAAGAGUCUGGGCUGGCCCAGUGUUUGUUUUCGUUUUUUUGCAUUUAGAGCAGUCCCAUUCACGUAUGAUGAUAUUUCCAUAAUCGACCACCAGAUGAUCUCGAGACUUUGAAUCUUUUCUCUGCACAAUCAGUGGAAAGACUCAGAGCUUAAUUUCCCCAUCCCAAGGGUAUAAUGGUCCAAGCUAGCAAUAGGUGGUGAUACUGCACUAUUUUUGUGUGCGAUCUGCCUUUUAAAUAAAAAAACUGUGUUUUCAGAAUGAGAGUGAAAUGUUUUCAGAGAUGAUUAGUGCACUGCUGUGAGACGUUGGCACAUUCUCUCCAGUCUCAAAGUUUCACUCUCUGUCUGUUGUCCGAACCAUUACAGUAAAAAACACAAACCACAUGUAAAACUUUCCACAAGUAAGUCAAAAUGACAGCCUCUAAACACCAGUACCAGAUGUUGUAUUUGUGUAUAAUCAUGCUGUUAACAGUAAGUUUUCUAAGAAGAUAUUCUGUCAGUCACAAGCAGUGAUUUUGCAUUUGAAGGCACCUCGUAAGGAUGCUGGUUUAAGCCUUCCAAGGCUUCAUGAAGCCAUAUCUAAUGAUCUAAACCUAAUUCAGGUGAGCUUUAGACAUAACAAAGAAAAUGUUUAGUAACUGCAGUGUCAUAAGUUGACAAAAAUGUAAAACUGGACAUUAAUGAACUAAUUACUGGUUCAACUGAUAAUUCAGACACCAUUUUUAUUCUUCAGCUAAAAGCCGAACACAGGAUUGUGGGAUAUCGUAGACAACGAAGGCUAGAUCUAUGCUGCCUACACUGUAACAUCAGCUAGAAGGCACUGUUUCUCUGUGAUGAAUAUUGAGUGAAUAGUGAUGGUUGGAGGGGCCAGUAAAGAUGAUCAUUACUGAUAGAGCUGAAUAAAAAGGAAGUAACUAAAGCAGACAGAUGUAUAGACAGAGGGAUACACACAGAGAUCAUUCAACAUAAAGAAGACAAACAUCCUGUGAGGAGAAUCAGAACUGCUGUGAAGCUGAACUCAACUCACAAUGAAGAUCCUCCUCAUCUUCACAUUCUACCUCAUCUCAGGUUCAGUGCGAUGCUUUGAUGUAACUGGAUAUUCUGGAGGAAGUGUUCAUUUUAAUUCCUGGAAUCUUUGGUGCGAUGAGUGUUUGAAAUACGUUGCUAAACAUGACCCACAUAGUGCCAUUAUUAAGGAUAAGAAAUAUGGUCAAUGGAUUAAUGGAGAAAAAUUUACUCUGUAUCGCAACAAACAUGGAAACCUCAUGAUCUUCAUCAGAGAACUGAACACAACAGAUGCUGGAAGAUACCGGAUUGGUGUUGAUGGCCAGUGGUCCUUUGAAAUUACUUUAAAAGUAAUAGAAGAUUCAUGUUGUGGGAAGUCAAAAACAGUGACUGUGAAUAGUGGAGAAUAUGUUGUCUUCAGAUGUGAAUAUUCACAAGAUUAUAAGAAUAACUGGAAGACAAUAUUCAAAGAAGGAAAAGACUCGAUUGAUGAGAUCUACAGCACAUUGAAUCAGACAGAAAGAUUCCAUUUUUUUGAUGACAGAGAUAAAAACCUCAUCAGUGUGAAUAUUAGUGUUGUUAAUGUGUAUGACGGAGGAGUUUAUUUUUGUUCAGUUUGGGACAACAAAAACUCACACUCUUUUGUUAAUGUUGUUCAUCUGCACAUCAUUCAUAAAGUGGGUUCAUAUAAAGUGACCGGUUACUCAGGAGGUCAGAUCAUCAUCAAGUGUGAACACCCUCAGUACAAAACCAACCCUAAAUAUAUCUGUAAAGAAUCAGAUGGAUGUUCUGAGAGGAAGUAUCCAGGAGUUGAGAAUAAAUGGGUGGAAAAUGGAGAUGUUUCUUUAUAUGAUGACACCAGAGGAGGAGUCUUGAUGGUGUUCUUUAGAGAUCUGAAUGCUGGAGAUGCUGGAACAUACAGGUGUGGAGUGAACAUAUCUCAAUAUACUGAAUGGUUUACUGAAGUCAAACUGGAUGUUAAAGAUGAUGCAUCAUUAGUACAGAGAGUGUAUAAAUCGGUUUAUGUUGGUGAGGAAGUGAACAUCACCUGUCAGAUCCCAGAGGAACAUGAAGUCAGUUCAAAACACUUUUGUAAAGAGGAUGAUGAUCACAUCUGUCAAACUGUCAACACAUCUGAAGUGACACAAAUGAAUUCUUUAUCUGAGAGAAAUGCAGCAAGAGUUUUUACUGUGAGCAUCAGUAAUCUGACAGUGAGAGAUGCUGGAGUUUACUGGUGUGGUACAGAAACCAGUGAAGAACAUCUGAGUUUCAUCUCUCUGACCACUAAAGUUCAACUCAACCUGAUAAAUUUCCCCAUGAUCAUCAUUAUUUGUGUGUUUGUGAUUCUACUGCUGAUUGGAGGAUUCACUCUGAUUGUUUGGAAAUUAACACACAACAAGAGACAAGAUGCUGUUGAGACUCAUCUUCCCUCAAACUCCUCUGAUGGGCUCCUGUAUGCUGCUGUCAGAGUCCAGAAACAUGAAGAUUGUCCCACUGAUGAUAUAGACACAUUCAGUAAAGAGAUUUACUCUGAUUAUGCAUCUGUAAAUCAUCGCACUAGACUGAACUAAUUCCCUUACAAAUUACAGAUUAUUAAAAAUCACAAACAACUGUGCUGUUUUAUUAUUGAUUCUUUGAUCAGAAAUGUGUUAUCUUUGCAAAGGAGGAUAACUUAACAUUUAAUCUAGUCUUUUGUGUGUGCAAUGUUGUUUUUUUCCUGUGCAGUGUGCACUAAAGAGUAACCAACAUGACGUGCUCUUCAGCUUGUGGUUUUCUUUUGUCAGUGUUUUGCAUCUGUGCUUUUAACCAUAUUGACCAAACAAGUUCUUUGUGAAUUUUUGUAACAACAAACAGGAAAUAAAAUGGAUGCAAAAAUUCCACAGUAAACAUGCAUCAAAUGGUGUACCAUGUAUUUUAUUUUGUCCUUAAGGUCUGUUUUGUUCUAGUCUUGAGACUCUUUAAAUGUCACUGUUUUGUACACAGGGUUUUCUUUCUUCUUUUUCUUUUUUCUUUAGCUAGUUCCAGUUUUUUAGAUGUGUUUCAUCUAUUGUACAGUAUUUUCAGAAACAGUCUCUCAAACCCAUUAAGUAUUCUAAAUCAUAAUUCUGUUACAGCAGAUUACGGAAACCUUUAAUAGUGUUAAAAGUUCAGAUCAUUACAAAUUAAAACAAAAUAAUAGAUUUAUAGUGUGAUAAUCCAGCAUUGCAUUGGACUGAUAAAGUAUUAUUUUUGAGCUGUGCAUUUUUAUUUGAUAUUUACUUUAAAAUGUGCUCAUAAAUGCAUUAGAAAUAGCGAUUAUUUACAUUUUUAUCUGACAGUGGGUGUGUGAAUCCUAAUGGCAUUAGUGACUGUAUCAUAUCUGAAAAGAUUCGAGAUGCUCUGAAAUGACCAGCUCAAAAUUAUCAUACCAACUUCCAGCCAUUAUAGAAAGGGUUAAUAAAUGGAUGUACUUUGCAGCUGUUACAGAGCAACAUGUAUAAAAGAAUCACAACAUUUAUUGUAUCAUUACAAAAAGUAUCUUAUCCAUAAGACAUCGUAAUGGGAGACACAGGAUGAUUCUCACAUACAAUAUUUACCUUUUAAAUGUAUUUAUUAAUUUAUUUUGGUUGAUUAUAUUUUUACUGAGUACUCUAGAAUGUGCAUUUAUGUUUCAAAGAGUUUUGCCCUACAGGAGGGGUGCUGG